GAACAAAAGUGAGGAAGUGCAGUUGUCAAAUUGUGUUGUUGGUUGGUUGAUGUUUGUAAAAUUUUGUGUUGACUGUUUUAAUGGACAAAAAAAGUGGGCGAAUCUAUCGCAAAUUGCGUUCAAUUAUUCAAAUAAUUUGGAUGUAAAUCAAACAUCGCUCAAAAGGCAUGAAAUAUUUGCGUAUGAACCAUAAAAAUGCAUUUCUCCAUUCCUGACUCGCAACAGUUUCACGAUGACAAUGGAAUCUCUUACACGGGCUACAAUAUUUACAUUGAUGGAUUUUUCCACUGUACCGCUCGCUACAAACAACUUCUUAGUUUACAUGAACAGCUGCAGGCGCAAAAUCCUUACACUAAACUACCACAGUUUCCGCCAAAAAAGUUAUUCCUUACAAGUUCCCAAUUGGAAGAGAGAAGGAUUCUCUUAGAAAAAUAUAUUCAGUUAGUUGGUCAAAACCCUGUACUGUCAAAUUCCAGCCUAUUAAUCACAUUCCUAUUCUCUGCUCAACAAGAAACUCACUCUGUACGGAUGCAUGAAGUAGAUAUAGAAAUUUCACUCAUGAAUGGUUACCGAAUACCACUCUCAGUAUCCUCCACCGACUCCUCUAGUACGAUACUGGACAUAGCUUGUAAUUAUAUAAACUUGCCUAAAGAAUUGACUAAAUAUUUCUCUUUAUAUUUAUUCAAUUGGAGCUGUGCCAAAGAUGGACAACCAUCAUUGAAAAAGCUAGAGGAUUAUGAAUCUCCUUACAUCUCACAAAAGUAUGUUAGACCAGAGGACAAGAUUGUUCUAAGGAAAAGUUUUUGGGAUCCAUGUUAUGAUGUAGAUCUGAUGACAGAUAGAGUCAGCCUGGACUUAUUAUAUCUUCAAAUAAUUGAGGAUUUGGACUUGGGAUGGAUCACAGCAGACUCACAGACCAAGGAUAUUUUAUCAGGAUAUGAGUCAAAGAAACAAAAAAGAGAGUACGUAGAAUUAGCUCGGAGUCUUCGUCAUUACGGGCGGGUGCCAGCAGGACAGGCCUCCACCGAGGCUGUGAAUGUCGGAGGUAGUAGCCCCGAGCCGUGUCGGGUGCAAGUGUCGCUCGCUUCCAAGGAGCUCACCUUGACCAGUGUCGCGCAGGGACGCGAACAGCGGUACAAGGUCACCAGGAUGAGGUGCUGGCGGAUCACCACCUUGCAUGCCAUGGACAGGCCGCAAACAAAUGGACACGGGCUCCAUGAUGACUCGAAUAAGAACUACGAGCUGUCAUUUGAGUAUCUCGUCAGCAAGGACAAUUUGAAAUGGAUAACCUUGAAGACAGAGCAUGCUACUUUUAUAAGUGUCUGCUUGCAGUCGAUUGUGGAUGAGUUGAUGCGUCAGAAGAACGGGUCGGGACCGGCCACGCCGCGCGCAGGCAAGCGCGGCAGUGUCACCUAUCUCCGUCGCGACGGCUCCAGCCAGCUCAUCACACCAUCCUCCUCCAGCGACACCCUCAGCUGUAAUGGAGAUUCUUGUACAUCUGAAAGUUCAAGGGAGAUAUUCUCAGUUCAAAAAUUGACCGAGAAAUUCGCGUCUGUUGCCUUCAAAUCCGGCAGAGACUGCGUAGAGAACAACGCCUUUGAAGCCAUAGGAGACGAGGAGCUAUAGAUCCCGUUUCAAUUAAACUCGAAUAUAGACCCAAAGAAUCGCUCAUCAUUGGAGGUAAAAGUUGCCAAUAUUUUCUCUUAAGUAUAAAGUGUAUAUACCAUACGAAUUAUACCAUUAAAUUUUUAGGUAUUCAUUGUAUUUGCCAUUAGAGAUGUGUAAAGCCGAGCAAAGAUAUUAUGUUAUCGGAAUAUUAUUCUUAUUUCACUUCUUUUUGUGCCAUUUUGUAGAAUCGAAUAAAUAAGUAAAGCAGGUAAAUUUAGUUUGAUAUUAGAACCGUUUUUAUAGUUUCGUUUCCAGGAUCAGAUCAAGGGAAAUGAUCUGGCGUGUUCGGCGUCGCUCUGCUUUACACUUACUGCCGUACAUUCAAAAUCAUUUGAGAUAUGAUUUUCCUCAACUCCGCGCUGUUCCUAUCUAGUCAAAAAUUUAGAGAAGGACAGCACGACGCUUCAGGAAAUCUACUUAAAAAGGUUUUAAAUGUUUCAUAGUAAGAUCUUAACGAAAUCUCCAGGUAGAUAAAAUUUACACUAUCAUGUACGUAGGCUAUGUUUAUAUUUAAAAUUUAUUCCUAAUGCGGUCUUUGCCAUACUUUAAGAAACAUAUCUAGUUAAGAAUCAAAAUAAGUCAUGAUUAUCUUGUGUAUAGGGUAAUACUUAAUUUUUCAUAUUAUUUCUUUUAUUUUUUUCUUUUGUAAUAAGUCUAGGCCUAAAAGAAUUUAUUUGAAACCGCCUAGUCUGUGUAUCUCUAAUAUUUUAAAAAUGUAUAGAGACCAGGGGAUUUUUAUAUAGCUAAGUUUAUUUUCUACGGGAUUAUCAAGAUUUUACUUACACUAACAUUAAUUUACUCAUAUGUAAAGUUAAUAUAAUGAGACGAAGAAAUUAAAUCAUGCAUAAUUUCAAAGUUCAAUGGUUGCAUGUAUUAUGUACCUAAGCUAUAUGUAAUACUUUUUUACUUGAGAUGUUUAUUACUGAAUUACAAUGUUAAUUUUCCUGUUACAUGAAUAAGAUCGUUAGUAUUUAUACUAAAAUAAAUAGUUCAUAAUAUUUUAUCAGAAUGUAAUAUUUCUACUGUUAUGCAAUCUACUUUCACCUUAUCGCAUUUGUUGUUUUGCGUUAAUCGUUCCAUGAUAAUAUUAUUUUAGACUGGCCUUCUGGUCAAAUGUGGUGAUCGCGUGCACAAACAAGGCCGAAAAUGGCGUAGGAUGUCUGGCCUGUGCAAUAACACCGACCACUCUGCAUUGGUGCGUUUCCAUUGUCUUUUUUUUAUCGUAAAAUGUAAAGGUGUGUAGCUCGAAUAAUAUAUCAAAAAUAUUCAUUUUUGCCUUUAUCAACUUUUUUUAUACACACAAAGUAGUAAUAUACUUUUUUGAGAAGACUAUACAUAUCCUUGAGCCUUUUUACUUCCAAAUAAUUUCCAAUAUUAGCAUUCUAUAAGCAUUUUCCAAUUUGGAAUUUUAAUGAAUCUAUAUUGUAGUCAUUUUUCCUGUAUGAGAUUUCCAUUACUGGUUUAAUAAAAUUGUGUUGUUGAUUAUUGUUAUAUAUAACUUAUACAUCAUGUUUGUUAUUAUGAAAUCGAAAUUAUUUUAGUGGGACCAUUCUUUAACUAUCAUAAUUAUAUAAUUGAAUUAUAUUUAUGAAAAUGCCCCAAUUCUCUAGAGAACAUUAUUAUGGUGCAUUCUUUGCCAUAUUUUCUAUAUUUCUUUUUUAUUUGUAAUUUUAUUUCUUGGGUAUAGUUAAUAAAAUGUUUUAUAAAA